AUGGCGCUCGAGAAUUAUCGCAACAAUCAGGACAAUGAUGUCCGACUUUUCGACUUCCUGGACGAUAAAUUACAGUCUUUUGCCGACUUGGACUCUCUAGACACCUUACUGGAAAGCGUCAAGGCGCAGCAAGACCUGCUUAAGCAGCAGCUCCAUGAUGCCCGGAAGGACCACGACAUUGCUCAGGAAGCCUCAAACAGACAUGCGACAUCAAUCAAAGACAAGGCCACGACAUUCCAGCGUGAUCAGGAUGACCUUGAUCGCCGACUUCAGGCUGUGACACAAUCAGAAACCAGCGAUGAUGCCUUGCAAAAGUUUGAAUCUAGUAUGGGUCGUUUGAGAAAGCUCGACAUGGCUUCAGGCUAUGCCGAAAUGCUGCAAGAGGUGGACACACUACGUCUUGAAGGUAGUGAACAGUUGAGCAAGUCUGACAAGGCUGCUUUGACCGCAUACAAGAAACUAUCGGCCCUUUCUGCUAGUCUGCAGCCGCUCUCAGAGGCGGCAGAGGGUGCCGCUCCUCAUCUCAUCGUCCAUGUAUUGAGGACCACCCAUACCUUGCGUAAUCAAAUCGAGCAAGCCUUUGCGGCCGAUUUUGAGAAGACCUUGACAAAGAUGGGUUGGCCAAAGCAGGGUAUCUCGGUACCUCCAGGCUUACAGGCAGAGUGGAACAUCCACAUCGAAAAACUUAUCGACCUUCAAAAGCCGGAGCUGGUGUCAGCCGACACAGCAAACAGUUCAAAGACCUCAAAGGACGAACCUGCUGUGCUGCUACCCCUCGAAAUCAUGGUACAAUCACUCGAGCUUCGUUUCAACUACCAUUUCUCUGGUGACCGUCCAACCAACCGUCUGGACAAGCCCGAGUACUUCUUGAACCAUGUCCUGGAGUUGAUCAACACCUACUGUGGAUUCUUCCAAAGUAAUCUGCAGCCUCAGCUUUUGGCCAACUUCCGAGGUUCUGAUCUUGCCCUGAUUCCUGCCUACAUUGAUGCGACAUCGGCGCUCAUCACUGCUCUGAUACCAAUGUUGCAGAAAAAACUGCUGUCAGUUCUUCCACAAGUUGCAGACCAGCCACAGCUACUCAGCAACCUGAUGCAUGAGGUCAUGACAUUCGACGCCACUCUGCAAGAGGAAUGGAACUACACACCGCUUUCUCCCGCUACUGUGUGGCGUGGCCUUGCGCAUUAUGUCCUGGAGAAACAGUCUUACUUUGUGCAGUGGCUAGCUGUGGAGCGCGACUUUGCUUUGGCUCGCUAUGAAAGCAUCAUCUCGGAUCGAUCAACACUCGAACUUGAUUUUGAUUCUGUGUCGGCUGAGAGUACCAAGCCCACCAAGGCCGCCGUUCGAGUCAAUGAUCUUCUUGAGACCAUCACAGAGCGCUACAGAUCUUUGUCGUCAUUUAGUCAGAAGAUUCGGUUCUUGACUGACAUCCAGCUUGAGAUCUUCAACAGAUUCUAUCUUCGCAUAAACAACAGCCUGCAGAUAUUCUUGACAAACACCACAGCUGUCGGACGUGCUGUCAAUGGUGUUACCAAAGAAGAACAAGCUGAACUCUCAGGGGUCAAAGGCAUGAAUCAUCUGUGUCGUAUCUUUGGCUCUGCAGAAUACCUGGAAAGAGCUAUGCGUGACUGGAGCGAUGACGUCUUCUUCCUUGAGCUCUGGGAAGAGCUGCAAUACAGAGCGUCAUCGAAGAUCGAGAUCAAGGGCGAUCUGAACAUGGCUGAGAUCGCGGCGAAGACGAAUGCUUCGAUCAAUAAUUCGCAAGAGACCCAGGAGCUCGAAGGCGCUUUGUUCGAGAUCAUGGCCGGCAGCUACCGCAGACUGCGUGUCCGUACUGAGGAGGUCAUCUGUGAGACUCUGAUCUACCACCUUCGUGAUGUCUUGAGGCCAUACACUCGUAUCAGCCCAUGGGCGUCUCUCUCUGCUUCAGGCAGUGAGUCUAGUCUGACGGCUGAACUGGAUCCUCCUCUUGCUUUCCUGGACACACAUCUUGCUUUCUUGUCCCGAGCUUUAGCAAGACCUGCAUUGCGUCGUAUCUGUCGCGUCGUAGGCCACAGUCUCCAGAUCACGUUGUGGGACAAUGUGCUGCUCCGCCACAACUUUUCGAGUGCUGGUGCUUCACAAUUCAAGUCAGACUUUAGAGGCAUCUGCAGCGUGUUUGAUCGUUAUCUCGGUAACGGGUUUGGUCAAACUGCCAUGCUGCGCCUUGACAAUGGUUUGACACUGCUCGACCUGCCUGUAAGGGGCGAGCUUCCUGUUGAGGUCGACCCAAAAAACGAGGUGACCCAAGAGAAGAAAUGGGGUCUCUUUGAAGUCGAAAGAAGAGUCUUCAUGGACAAUGAGGCUGCUCGAGACGUGCUAGAGGAGAUGGGCUUGGAGGUAUUGGCUGAGAGUGAUGCUCGCGCUGUCCUCGGAAAGCGUGUGGAACUCAGCAGUUAA